ACGUGAACUAGAAACAGGGAGGAGCUAAUCGUUUGUAGGAGAGUUAAAACAUGGCGUACCAGUUAUAUAGGAACACGACGCUGGGAAACAGUCUUCAGGAAAGUCUCGAUGAACUUAUACAGUCGCAGCAAAUUACACCUCAGUUGGCACUUCAGGUACUUCUUCAGUUUGACAAGGCCAUAAAUGCUGCUUUGGCACAGAGAGUCCGGAACAGAGUUAACUUCAGGGGUUCCUUGAAUACAUACAGGUUCUGUGACAACGUUUGGACUUUCGUAUUGAAUGAUGUUGAAUUCCGAGAAGUUACUGAACUAGUGAAGGUGGAUAAAGUGAAAAUUGUAGCCUGUGAUGGCAAAAACACAGGUUCCAAUGCUACAGAAUGAAUAUGGAUGAGUUACAGUACGAUUUCGUUCAAAAUGAAACCACAAGACACAGAUAAGACUGUGUUCAUAAUUUAUUGCCCUCUUUUGGGAGAGGGUUUUCAGUGAAGCUUCCAGGAAACCAGCAGAAUAAAGGACUCGCUGGACGACCUCUGCUUUCUGCAUCCUUUAGCACUGUGUGUUAUGAGACUAACAGUUUUGUCAAAAGUCAGAACCUGCAAAUGAAAGCAUUUUUUUGACAAGUUUAAAGAUUCUUUGGAAAUUAUUUAAGUAUUUUGCUUUACAAAUUAUGACUUAGUGACACAAUUUCAAAUGUUAAGACUUGAGCAUAAUUCAUUGCUGUAGUAGUGGGACAGACUUAAUGCUUAUUAGCUUACUUUUUGAAGAGGAUUGGUACGACAGAUCUGUUGCUUAUCUCGGACAUUAGGGGCCACAACGGUUGCAUCUGGAACUACCAGCCAGUUUUAUAUAUUUUCUUUGUUUGACCUUCUGGGCAAACAUGUACAGACAUGGGUAAAAUUGAAGUAAUAAAUGUUAUGUUUUAAGUGCC